UAUUUGCUAUUCCUGCUUCUGGAGGCAUAAGAAAAGGUUUUCUAAAGACUGCAACGAGUUUUGUUACAACGGUGGCUAUUACAGCGGAGGCCGAUGCCAUUGCCCGGCGGCCGUCGAAGGAAGGUGUUGUGAAAACUUUCCAGGCAAGCGGUUAGGUGAAAGAUGUCUCCGAUCCUCCCAGUGUUAUACAUCGCUCGCUCGGUGCACUGGCAACUGGUGCGUUUGUUUGGAAGGCUACAUUGCCGAUAGAGCGACCAACCGGUGCAAUCCUAUAGAUUGCGGUCGCCCUCAAGAGCUUGUAGGAGGAGCGUACGUCUUGGACCAUAACGGAGUAACAACAUAUGGCGCAACGUCAACAGUCAAAUGUCAUGUAGGGUACACAGCAAGUAGGACGAGCGUCAGGUGUUUGUCUUCUGGGGUUUGGGAACACGCUUCGUGUGUCUCAUUAAAGUCCUGCAAUGAGUUUCUUGUCCGAGGCAGUCGUAUCGCAGGCUCGUCUAGUGGAGAAGUGGUAGAAGAUAUGUCUGCCGAAUAUCGAGAUUCCAUUUACCAGAUAAAGAGAAAUAGAACAACAUUGAGCGGAUCGUGGACGGCAGGAGUUCAAGAUCGGAAGCAAUUCGUGACGAUAGAGUUUAAAGAAAAGAAGGAGAUAAGGGCAAUAUUAACGCAAGGAGCAAUAAGCCUUUCACCUCGAUUUAUCAAAGCAUUUAAAUUCCUGUAUAGCCAAGAUUGCAAAACAUACGACGUGAUAAAAACUGCGAAUGGAACCGACAAGAUGUUUACCGGUGGGUCCGAUCCUGAUACCGUCGUUACAAACACACUAGCACGGGGAAUAGUUGCGUUGUGUGUACAGAUUCAUCCCACCGACUGGAGCAACGUUAUUUCUAUGAGAUUUGACAUUUUAGGAUGCAAUGCUGGAAUAGGUACAGCCUGCAAGACAUCGUCGGACUGUAUCACUGAAAAGGCCGUUUGCAUAGAUGGAUAUUGUACAUGUGAAACGGGCAUUUUUAAUCGCAAAACACACACUUGCAACUCAGUGCCACUGCUUCCGUUUGGAGCAGAGGCUGGUGACAGCUUUUUAAAUACAAAUACACAGUGUGGUAAUGAGGUGGAAUUCAAACCUGGUUUUCCGGUACAAGACGAAAUGUAUACAAGAUUGUAUGUUUGUACAAACGGGUAUGUGAGUAUUGGUAUGCAAUAUGCCAAUCCGAACCCACCUUCGAACGCGUCUGUUGUUAAUGGAGGCGCCAUACUUGCGCCGUUCUAUGCCAACAUUCUGAACGGAAAUGUAUCGUAUAGAACUUUGGAUACACUGACAAAGCCUAGCACUUUAAAUGACACUAGUUUGCUUCUCAUCAAACAAUAUCUUUCCAUAACGGACAACAAUGAGGCGUUCGACGUUAAAUUUGCAUUAAUUGCAACGUGGAGCAAUAUGUUGCCGUAUCAAACGUCCUUCCAGCAAACACUGAAAAACACUUUUCAACUUGUCAUGGCAUCAGAUGGAAUAUCCACACAUGCGAUCUUUAUUUACGGGAAAAGAAUGAUGAACUGGAAAAUGAUGAAUGCAAAUCGACCCGACGUGUUUGUUGGCGUUAUUGAUCAAGGGAAACUGCUAUAUAGCAACAUUUUUUCUUUCAAACAACCCGUUCUUCAGUUAGACGCAUAUGGGCAUACAAAAGGUGUGGAUGGAUUGAUCAUAAAACCGCUGACAACCUCGAAUAAACGUAUGGUGAACUAUGCUGUGCAAUGCCUUUCUUGGUACAAGUUACAUAUACAUGAAGUAGAGUUCCAGCACAAAAGAAUGGACAAUAUACCGUCAUGCCCCUGCAGCUUAUCAAUGGCUAACCGUGACCCACUCGUUCGAGGAGAAACAAAAGUCAACAACAAAACAAUCUGUAUUGAUAUUUUGAUUUCAGAAAGUAUGGAACCCAAUGGAAUGGUAUGUUGUUAUGACAAAGAAUCGGAACAAUGGACAGGUGAAAUCCCAUAUGCCGGUGGACUUUAUGCCUUCCAUCCGGAUUUUAGCAUGCAACAACAUAUUAGAGAGGAUGUUGAACCAAAAACGACGUGCUGUGAAAAGUCAAAUUACUGUCAUUUAUACUACAAGUUACGGCCUAUCGGGACUUGCUAUAAGGAAACCUGGUUUGACUUCGCUGUUUCAUGGGGAGAUCCUCACAUACUAACGCUAGAUGGGAAAAGAUACAUUUUCAACGGCCUCGGGGAGUACACGUUAUUGACUUAUAAACAUGGCGGGAAGGAGUUUAGCCUUCAGGCGAGGACAGAACGGGCAAUAAAAGCCAAUGGUCAACUUUCUGACGCGACCUUGUUUAGUGCAUUUGCAGCAUUUGAUAGCUAUAACUCAUCCGUGCAUGUCGAAGUAAAUAAUGACAAUGAAGGCUUUCUUGCUUUCGUGAACAAGAUUGAUGUUACACAAGAUAUUCAAAAGAAGAAUAGUUCCCACUUGUUCUCAGACAGCAAACACAUGUUUGUUAAAAAAUAUACUAGUGAAACAAAAACUACAGAUGCUUCGAUAGAAGUUUCAUUCCUUUCUGCAGGAGUGACACUGAAUAUAACAGCCAGAAAUGGAAUGCUGUCAUUAAGUACCAUUGUAAAAACAGCAUUACACGGACGUGUGCGAGGCCUUUUGGGAAAUUUUGACGGAAAUCCUGACAACGAUUUUAUCACACCUGACAACCUAACGCUAGAUCCGAACAUGAAUGAGUCGGAAAUAUUCGAUUUUGGUAAAACAUGGGAAAUCGAUGCCUCUCGCUCUGCGUUUAGGUACCCACAAAAGAAAAAUCACAGCAGCUUCCAAAACAGUUCGUUCGUUCCUCGAUUUCUUGACACAGUUGCAAAUGAAACAUUUGAUGCAGCGAAAGCGACAUGCGGUGGAUCCGAGGACCUAGCGUGUAUUUUUGACCAAGUGUUCACAGAAAAUGAGAAUAUAUCCAGACAGACACUAGAAAUCACAAAUGCAUCCCAAGCAACGGAAGUGGAACUCAAUAGAAGAAUCCCCGAUCUACAAAGCUGUGGAAAAAUAGAUGUCACGACAGGAAAUGAAAGUUUUACCUGCGCGUUGGUGUUCGACGACAAUGUCAUCAAAUACAACAUUUUUCAAAACGUUAACCAGUCAAUAGAAGUGAACCUUACAACUAAAACAUUAAUUUAUAUACACGACCCAGAGACUCCAAUUCAAAAUAUAAGACUGGUGGUUGAAAAUGCAGAUGGUGGUGUCUCACCAAUAGCAUCAAUCCCAGUAUAUAUCUGCUCAGGAUGUAGUGAUCAUGGGUUCUGCUUGGAUGAAACGGUAGAAGAGCAACAUUCCUUUUCCAGUUUUAGAUACAGAAAAUGCAGGUGUGAUGAGCAAUACACAGGUGUCAACUGCGAAAGCGACUUUGACGGCUGUGCAUCAAAUCCAUGCUCAGGAGGGAGAAACUGUACCGAUAUUCCCGCCUCGAAUCAGACCAUUGCGGGGCUAGCAUUUCGCUGCAGUAGUUGCCCCGAUGGCUUUAAUGACGACGGUAUCAAAUGCCAAGAUAUUGAUGAAUGUACAGGUAACAGUAGCCUGUGUGAACAAAAAUGCAUUAACACAGAAGGCAGCUACACGUGCGUUUGCCACGAAGGAUAUAGAAUAAGUAGAACGGAAUGCACCGAUAUUAAUGAAUGCGAGGAAGCUACUCACGACUGCCCACAUAUUUGUGAAAAUAGGCUGGGAUCGUAUAGUUGCAAAUGCCAUUUUGGAUACAGACAUAACGCAGCAUCUAUGGAGUGUGAAAUAGAAACAGGAUUAGAUCCAUGUUCUGGCGUGAGCCUUGACUGUUCACAGGCCGACGGGUGCACUCUUGAUGAAGAAAAUGAAGCAACUUGUUUCUGUAAUGAUGGUUAUGAGCUUAGAGAAAACUCAAAUAUCUGUACAGAUAUAGACGAGUGUACACGAAAUGUGUGUCCACAAGAAUGUAAAAAUUCCAAUGGUUCUUACACAUGUAUAUGCUAUCCUGGAUUUAAGUUGCAUGGUACUAAAGAAUGUAUCGAAUGUUCUUUACCAUUUUAUGGAAACAAUUGCGAGAAGAUAUGCCGCUGUUCUUCACGGGGAACGAUACAGUGUCAUUCAGUGAAAGGUUGCGUCUGUCAAGAAGGAUGGAUGGGUGAAACGUGUGAUGAAGAUGUCGAUGAAUGUGUCUAUGCUAUCAAUCCAUGUAACGAUACCUACAAACGCUGUGUAAAUACAGAUGGUUCAUUUCGAUGUGAUUGUAUGGACGGAUUUGAAGAAACCCGAGAGGGAUUCUGUAAAGAUAUAAACGAAUGUGCCAGCCCAAUAAUGAACGAAUGUGGAAAAUAUAUGGAUUGUAAAAAUACCAAUGGUAGCUACACAUGCGAAUGCAAUAAUGGAUACACUAUGAUCAAAGACAGCUGCGUCGAUAUUGAUGAAUGUUCUUUGGGGCUUUCUGGAUGUGAAUAUCAGUGUGAGAACCUACCAGGCCGCUACAACUGCUACUGUUUCUAUGGCUACAAGUUACAAAGCGACAGACGUUCUUGUCGGCAAGUUGAGGAUCCUUGUCGUACACUAGGCAAUUUUAACUGUUCUCAUAUAUGUGUGAUCGAUGUUACUGCGAAAUGUAGCUGCCCUCAUGGAUAUGAACUAAUUGAUGAUGGUCAAACGUGUUACGAUACUAAUGAAUGUUUAAAUGAGGAAUUAAAUAAAUGCAGCCCUAACAACACAUGCAAAAAUACACUGGGAUCGUACAAAUGCGACUGCGAAUAUGGCUUUAAACUUUCUAAUGAUGGACGUACUUGUGAAGAAUGCGAUAUUUUCCACUACGGACCAAAUUGUAACAAAGAAUGUAACUGUUUACACGGUUAUUAUGACAAAGUUAAGGGAUGCAACUGCACUGAAGGCUGGUCUGGGGAAAACUGUGAUGCUGAUUUAGAUGAAUGUAACCCUCCUGAUGCAUACAGUUGCCCUGGGAAUGCUACAUGUAUUAACACACUUGGAAGCUUCAUUUGCAAGUGUUCCACCGGUUACACACUAGAAAAUGGGACCUGUACAAAUAUUGAUGAAUGUCUGCAUCCAUCACUAAACAACUGCGAUCAAUUAUGCGAGGAUACUCCAGGGACAUAUGAAUGCAAAUGUCAUAAAGGUCUCUUCUGGUCAGACUUGGCAUGUACAGAUAUUGAUGAAUGUAGUCCAGGAAAAGGCAGUUGUGAGCAAGGUUGUCAUAACACUCAUGGGAGCUACAUAUCAAUGAAUGCGAAGGAAAAUCGAACCCCUGUGAUCACUUUUGUAAAAAUACGCAAGGAAGCUAUGAUUGUAUGUGCAAAGAUGGGUAUUUCCUCAAAGAAGAUAAAAGAUCGUGUGAGGGUAAAAACAAAAUUUCAAUAG